CGUCAAUAUUAUUAUAAUUUAGCACAGCUCUGCAAUCUGAAAUCUGCUCCUAAAUUGUCGCCAAAUUUACUAUGUUACGAGCAAAACAUCCCCAGUUUUAAAUCAUUUUAAGAGAGAGUACACCCUCAAUCAGUAUUAUGCUUCAGUUUAUGCUCUUAUUCAGCCGACAAGGCAAGCUGCGUCUGCAGAAAUGGUACACGCCGCAUCUAGAAAAGCAAAAGAAAAAGAUAACAAGGGAACUCAUCGCAACAGUACUAACGAGAAAACCCAAAAUGUGCAAUUUCUUGGAGUGGAGAGAUUAUAAAAUUGUGUACAAGAGGUAUGCCAGUCUUUAUUUCUGCUGUGCCAUUGAAGAGAAUGACAAUGAACUCUUGACACUGGAGAUCAUCCAUAGAUACGUGGAGCUUCUGGAUAAAUACUUUGGUAGUGUAUGCGAGCUAGACAUCAUAUUCAACUUUGAGAAGGCCUACUUCAUGCUCGACGAGCUAAUGCUAGGCGGAGAGAUUCAGGAGACGAGUAAAAAGAACGUCCUCAAGGCGAUACAAGCACAGGAUCUAUUGUCAGAGGAGACGGAGGUUAACAAGAGUGUUCUUGAGGAGCUCGGUCUUACAUAGAUGAUGACACCUCGACUAAUUCUCAACAAUUCAAAGCCUAUUUGCAGCAGUGGACCCCGGGGCCAUGGGGAGCACCCCCCCCCCCUCAGCAAAACCUAUGUAAGGUAUAGGUCUAUUGGUUUUUAAAAUGCCCCCUAAAUGUAAAUGUGCCCCCUAAAAUGAGCUGAAUUUUUAUAAAUCUGCUUCCGUAGACUGUUUCUGUGCACACACUGUCCUCCUCAUUCUUGCCUCCCUGUGAAACAAUCUUUGAGAUACUUGGCCUAGUUCACACUUCAAAACAAUUAUGGGGCAAAAAAUAAUGACACAGUGCACUGCAGGGGGCCCUUGAUAUGUGUUCCUACUUUUUGUUUCACCCAGACUUUCCAUUCAUUUACACUUAAAAUGUUUUUUUUAUUUUGCUGUGAUAUUAUUGUAAGGUGGUUUACUUUGUCAUGCCUGAACAAAACUUAAACAGCGCCAUCUUGUGGAAAAGUAUGCACGUUUAGAUUCAGAGACCUUCAUAGAGUCAUUCAACACACUGCAUGGCCCAUGACAACAAUGUCAUCAAUGUUAUCAGUAAAAUGAUCUGGAAACCCAAUCAGAGACUUGAAAAAUCUGCUCUUGGUCCAUUUCAAUAUCUGAUUGUAUUGCCAAUAGAACUAAUGUUGAAUUGUAUAUUAAAGUGAUACCAAAAUUAGGACCAUGCAUUUCAAUAUGAUAUGUGAGGCUAUUGAAAUUCUUGUAGAGUGGAUAUCUUUAAAGUGAAAUUGUGAAGUUAAAUACCAAGAAUUGUGAAUCAACAGCAGCUUUAGAAUAUUAUAUAACAAUCAUCAGAAGCUGAUGAUAGGGGAGGGGUGUAUUCUCAUUGUUAUAAUUGUAUUCUGUUAUUGCGUACAUUUAAAUUUAGUUUGUAACUUCAAAUCUUAGAAAGGGCUGAAUAUAUGUUCUUGAAAGAAUCAUUUGAAAUAUAUUAGUGAAAAGGUGUAAGGAUCAAUGACUUUGAUAUUUCCAUGUUGUAGAACAUAUUUUUGUGUUGUCAUUUUGUAAAUUUCUGUUGUAUUACCAAAGCUUUUUAAGCAUAGAAUACUUUUUAAGAUUAUACUAUGGUACUAAGCAUUCAUUAUGUCCCUUGUUUGCGUUUGUGAAAAUGUAUUCUGGCUAGAAGUCACAAAAUUGAAUUCAAAAUUGUUUUGUUUGUAUUGUCAUGUUUUCUUGUAGUUUGCGAUUGGUUUAGAUUAUCGAUAUAUAUUCAUUCCAGUUUUUGAUUCUUAUAUGGAUUUAAAGCAGAUAAAAGUUGUCAAAAAUACAUUAUUCAUGAAUAGUUUGAAGGAAACAA